GCGGCGGCGGCGAGCAGCGGCAGCUGCAAGUUGGGCUGCAGGGGCAGCGCAUACACUACAAUGGCUGCUGGAAAGAGGCGUAAGGAAACAAUUUCCAGGCCCGCCGCGUCCAGCCCGAAAUAUGAGAAAAAAAUUAUUAGAAAUUCCGCGGGCAGUGUAAAGGCGGCGGACGGGCCGGAGGGAGGAUGUUAAAGCCCCGCGGUUGCCUCUUGGUGCUGCUUUGGCGGUAUUUGGCACCCAGAAUGCUUCAUUCUGUGAUGGUCUAUUAAUAAGAUUGCCUUGUUAGAGUUUGGAGCAGGGGUCUCAGAUUGGCCAAAAUGGGAAAGAUUGGAUUCCACUCUCUUCCACGAAGAGUUAAUGGGACUGGCUAAGAUCAGAGUCUGAGGCUUUUCCAUCUAUAAUCAGUCCCUUUUUGCUUUCUUUUACGACCACAUGAAACUUGAGAAGCCACCUAAAGCUCUAUCAUUUAGUGGAGUUGGGCAGUUCCCAAGUGUCCAACAAGAAGGCCUGGUUUAGGCUGCGAUGGCCACUGUCAUCCCUGGUGAUUUGUCAGCAGUAAGAGAUACCCAGAAAGUCCCUUCAGGGAAACGUAAGCGUGGCGAAACCAAACCAAGAAAAAACUUCCCUUGCCAACUGUGUGACAAGGCCUUUAACAGUGUUGAGAAAUUAAAGGUUCACUCCUACUCUCACACAGGAGAGAGGCCCUACAAGUGCACACAACAAGACUGCACCAAGGCCUUUGUUUCUAAGUACAAAUUACAAAGGCACAUGGCUACUCACUCUCCUGAGAAAACCCACAAGUGUAAUUAUUGUGAGAAAAUGUUUCACCGGAAAGAUCAUCUGAAGAAUCACCUCCAUACACAUGACCCUAACAAAGAGACGUUUAAGUGUGAAGAGUGUGGCAAGAACUAUAAUACUAAGCUUGGGUUUAAACGACACUUGGCCUUGCAUGCGGCCACCAGUGGCGACCUCACCUGCAAGGUGUGUUUGCAGACUUUCGAAAGCACAGGAGUGCUUCUGGAGCACCUUAAAUCCCACGCAGGCAAGUCAUCCGGGGGUGUAAAAGAAAAGAAGCACCAGUGCGAGCACUGUGACCGCAGGUUCUACACCCGGAAGGACGUCCGGAGACACAUGGUGGUGCACACGGGAAGAAAGGACUUCCUCUGUCAGUACUGUGCACAGAGGUUCGGACGGAAGGAUCACCUGACUCGACACAUGAAGAAGAGUCACAAUCAAGAGCUUCUGAAGGUUAAAACUGAACCCGUGGAUUUCCUAGACCCAUUUACCUGCAACGUGUCUGUGCCUAUAAAAGAUGAGCUCCUUCCGGUGAUGUCCUUACCUUCCAGUGAACUGUUAUCAAAGCCAUUCACAAACACUUUGCAGCUGAACCUCUAUAACACUCCAUUUCAGUCCAUGCAGAGCUCGGGAUCUGCUCACCAAAUGAUCACAACCUUACCUUUGGGAAUGACAUGCCCAAUAGAUAUGGAUGCUGUUCAUCCCUCUCACCACCUUUCUUUCAAAUAUCCAUUCAGUUCUACCUCAUACGCAAUUUCUAUUCCUGAAAAAGAACAGCCAUUAAAGGGGGAAAUUGAGAGUUACCUGAUGGAGUUACAAGGUGGCAUACCCUCUUCAUCGCAGGAUUCUCCAGCAUCAUCAUCUAAGCUGGGGUUGGAUCCUCAGAGCGGGUCCCUAGAUGAUGGUGCAGGAGACCUUUCCCUGUCAAAAAGCUCUGUCUCGAUCAGUGACCCCCUCAACACACCAGCAUUGGAUUUUUCUCAGUUGUUUAAUUUCAUACCAUUAAAUGGUCCUGCCUAUAACCCUCUGUCAGUGGGGAGCCUCGGAAUGAACUAUUCCCAAGACGAAGCACACUCUUCUGUUUCUCAGCUCCCCACACAGACACAGGAUCUUCAGGAUCCUGCAAACACUAUAGGUCUUGGGUCUCUGCACUCACUCUCAGCAGCUUUCACCAGUAGUUUAAGCACAAGCACCACCUUGCCACGUUUCCACCAGGCUUUUCAGUAGGAUUGUGGGACGUGGCUGUAUUAAAGAAACAUAUGUGUAGCUCUGCCUUAGAUGACCAUUUUAUUUUAGUGCCUACUUUUAAGACAGUAUAAAAGUUUCUGCUUUUGUAUAAUACCAGUUUUCAUUAAGCCAGUACAAAAUAGAAACUAGCUUUUAAAAUGAGCUUUGGAACCAUUCAUGUUCAGUUAUGUUUACCUGGGUAUUUUGUCCUGAUUCACUGCCAACUGUCAUAGUCUAAAAGUUUUAUUUCAUAUAGGAAAGCCAUUGUUAUUAAUAAAGUUAUACAAGUCCCAUGUUCAAAUUACUUUUAGAUCUAAAAAUUCCAUUUUUGUCUAAUAACAGUGGCUCUGCCUGUUGACAUUUGGCUCUUUAAAAACUUUUUGCAAUACAACAUAAAAAUCUUUAUGUAUAUUCCAUGUGAAUAACAGAGUUUUAAACAUUUUGCUAGCAAUGAAAUUGUAAUCAAGUGUUUUAAAUGAAUUAAUACAGUUUGGAAAGAUAACAGAUAUUUCUUAGAUAUACCAUAAUUUCAGGUCAGUAUAUUUUGAAGUCUUACUAUUGUCUUGGAAGAUAUUUCCUAAAAUACAGAAUGUGUAAGGAAAACAAAACCAAAACACAGAGUACCACUGUUUGUAGCAAAAAGAGAUCCUAAGACGGUGACAUGUCUCUGUGUUCCAUAACAGUUGGCCCUUCAUUACUCUUUUGCUAUAGUUCAACCUGCUUGACUUGCUGUCUUUCCAUUUAAUAAUAUUAAUAGCUAGUGGCAUGUCAGGUCUUCAAGGAAAGUAUAUGUAGGUAGCUGUCCUUAAUCUUUUCUGCCUUUCACAGCCAGUUGGUGGCUCAGGUGCACCAGCAGUGUUGUGUUGUGUUUUGUUUUGUUUUGUUUUUUGACUGUUGGUCCACAGUCCAGACUCUACAGCUGUUACGGAACUGUAGACAGUAGUGUGUUAAACUCAGAGUGGACUGUCUCAGCCUUGUAAGGUGUGAUUAACUGAACAGGAAGGUAGAUGUUAAGUACACGUUAAACCUUGGAAAGUGUGUGAGUAUCCUGUCUGCCAUUGCCAAGGUUGAAAAUUAGACUCGUCAGGAGUAAAGUAAGAGCAUAUCACCUACGCCCCUUACUGCUGAGUAUGAUUUAUGUUUCUUUAAGAGCCAAAAGCAGAAUACAAAAACAAAUUCCUUGCCCCACGAUAUUUUUCUUAGUACAUGCAAAUCCAUCUUUUCUUUACUGUUUUCAGAUGGAGACGUUGAAGUUAAAACAAUUUAAGAAUUUAAGCAAACUAAAAAUAUAUACAGUAAAACCCCACUUUUACACAUCUCUGGAAAAUGGGAAACGUUGUAAGUUGAAUUUGUCGAGGGUAGCAAAGCAUAGUCAGACAAGCACUAUCAUCUUAAUUAAUGUGACAGUAACAAUCAGGAAUAUCGUUUCACUGAGUAGAAUAGUUGUGGGCUGUCUUCACUUUAGGCAACCACCAUAGGCUUCUCAAAGGUCCAAUUAUGUUUUUUAAAGGGUCAUUUGGGACAUCAACCUAAGAAACAUAUCUAGUAAGCACAUGUUAACACCUUAUUUUGGGACCUCGUCCUUUAGGGGCAGAGGUAAGCGGGGAGAGGGUUAUAGAAGAGUAUAUAUCUCUUUAAAAAAAGAAAAAUAUUUCUAAGCACUCAUUAGCCCUAGAUGGGAACAACUUCCCCUUUUAAAAGGGCAAUUAUCUCUGCAGAUUGCAAUGUUUACCAAGAAUUUCAAAAAUGAGUGCAGAUUACUGAGUAUAAUACAUUAUUUAAAAUAUUUGGGAAUAGUAUAAUUUGUGGAGAAAUGUAAAUUGUAAUAAUGUAAAUGGGGGUUUCACUAUAUAUAUUAUAUAUAUACACACAUAUCGCACUUCAUAGAAUCAAAGUUGCUCUCUGAAGGAGCUUUGGCUCCUGGUAUUUUAUCAUGCUCCUAUUUUUUUUUUAAUCCUAGGAGCAGUAGUUUUUAUACCUAUGUAUUUAAAGUUUAUUAUGAAAAAUUACAUUUUAUUAAAGUGUGUUCCAAAGGCAUUAAAAUUAUAUAUGUUAAUAAGGAGAUGCAUUUUUAAAUUUUUCCAACUGCUCCUAAGCUUUUGGUUGGGAGCAUAUUUGCUCUGAAAGUAGGCUUUUUGCUCUGCUUCCUUACCGCUGCCUUUAGUUUCUAUGAAACAGAUUGCUUACCUAAAUCUAAUUGAAUGAUUAGUGUUCAAUAUUGCUUUAAUCACCAUUAAAAAUACAAAAAGAAAUUUGGUGAGAGAGCACAAGUGUAUAGAAACCCUGCUUUUAAAUAGCAAUCACAGAUAGCGGGUGUGAAAGCACUGCUUUAUCCUAAAAUUUGCCUAAACCGAGACGUUGGCCUUCAUAGGCUGUAUUUCACUGCUAAUAGAAAAAGGGAGUGUUACAGUUUAUAAAGUAAAGCAUUUGGGAAAUGGGGAUGCCACCACGUAUCUCACCCUGCAAGGAACUCUAUCACAUGGAGGCACACCUUCCAAGGCACGCGUGUUACAGUUGUGAUUAUGGGAUCUUAAUUCUGUGCACACCGUUUUGCCUGUUGCUGCCACACAGACUUGAAAUUAACACUUGAAGAGAGAAUUCAGUUAAAAUUUUAAUUGUAUUUUUCAAUUGACUGCAGUGGUCACUAAACGCUUUUCGGUAGAGUUUCUGUUAAAGAUGAGGCAGAUCUGUUAAAUUGCACAGUGUUCUUGCAAGGAUGUAACACAUAAUUGGGUGGGUGUUUUUUUCUUAGAAAAAUUUUAUUUGUUUUUGUCUGUUUUCAUUCUUCAGUGGCCAGAAUCAUCCUCUUUGAAAUUCCUGGUAGUGCCUUAGCUUGGUUUAAAACAAGAGAGAGAGAGAGAUUAACUUUAAAUAAAAAUAUUUUAGUAUGGAAUUUGGACCUCAGACAAGAUAUUGAACCUCAUUCAGUUUGACUUCCAUAUGUGGAUACAGACUAGAUCACCAAACAGAGAAGUACGAAUGUGGAAAGAUCUUGGCACUGUAAGCAAUAUUACCCACUGAUUUACACAAGUGUCAUAUAGUUAUCGGUCACUGUUAAAACUUUCAUUUUGAAACCCUGUUACCAAGUUCAUUUUUGUAAAGUUGCAGUUGUCCUGUCUGAUCAUACACUACUCUUUGUGCAAGUUUUUAAUUGCAAUUCGUGUUUUUUUCAAGCUGUGUAUUUUUGCCUAUUUGUUGCUUGUGCUUUAUUUUCCUUAGUCCUUUGUGGAAUAUAGUGAUAUAUUGUGUUAAAUUGGACAGUAGAGGUUUUUAAAAACCAUAUACUGACUGAAACAUGAGCCAGAGCUGAUUGCUUUAUUAAGCUAAUAAUGAAUGUUAUAGAGUACAUAUUUUCAGGAUCAUCCAUCUAGUGAGCAAUACACAUACUUUAGGCCAAUAUAUUUUUUUUUUAAAUAGAGCUUGGUCAGCCUCUAUACUACACAUAUUACAAGAUAUAGCACUUUCAAAAUGAAUCUAAACCUUUACAGAAACUUUGUUAUAGGUUAUGCCUUUUAUUUUAAGACUUAUUAUAAUGUCUCAAGUGCCAUUAGAUGAUAUAUAUGUAGGCCUUUGAUAUAUAAUGCUUUGUGUACAAAAUGGUAGAUGGUAUUUUAAACAGGUACAUUUUUACAGUGUUUUCUUAUCAAUUUGCUAUAUUGCACAGAAUCAGUGUGUGUCUUUUCAUACGGUUUUACAAUGGUUUAUUUUUUUACAAGGUUUACGUGUCUCAAAGCACACUGUCUUCCCAGUACGUAAGUUAAAUACCAGUUCACCCAAGUUGCUUCUAGCCUACUGAGAUCCAUGUGACAUUGGAGGAGGUCUUUCAAAUAUUGAGUAUUCAGCAUUAGCAGUGGCACUGUUUGCUCUGACAAUUGAGUGCUGGAGUGGGUUUGUCUUGUUUUUCCUCACUCUGUGUCAGCCAUUUCUGCAACACAGAUAGUCUGUUUAGAUUACAUAGAUCUACAUAAGUUGUGUUGUGUAUUUUCAUGCUAAAAGCCCACAGAGAGCUCCUUUGGGAUCAUAUAAAACAAGAUAACCUUGUUAAUGGCACCUUUAAAUCACCGUCAGGCCUUUUCACAACAUUAUCCACCUUCUGAGGAUCAGAGGCCAUAUCUUUUGAUAAGUUACAUAGCUCUAGAAAUGACACAGAACUAUUGCUAAUGUAAACACUUCAUUGAAUAAGCUUCAGUGGUACAGUUGAACCAGAAUGAAUGUCUAUCUUCUCAGAAAUACUCCUGCAGUGUUGCACUGGGUCAUGCUGCUAAUGUAACCUGGGACACAACUCUUCACCAUGGUGCUACAAACUUCUCUGUCUUGUUCAGUUGUAUUUUUUUAUUCAUAGGAAAAGGACUACAUUAGGUGUAAAAGUGUACAAUAUAUUUUUAUACUGUGACUUAAUAUGUCAUUAACAAACUUUUACACCACCACAAUGUAUUUGUGUGCACUUGCAAAAGGAGAUCUUGGACAUGCAAAUGUUACCAGAACAAACCCAGCUUUUAUCCACAAGGUGACUGUAACUCAGAACGGAAAGUGGGCUUAUUAUAUAGGGUGUGGAGUGAAGAACAUGCUGUAAAUUACUAACAGCCCUUUGAAUUUAACAAAAACUGGGGAUCCAUUAGAAAAUGGAUUGCAUCAUGCCUGACCAUAAGCUGGACUGCUGAAAUUGUAUUUUUAGCUAAUGAAAAAGUGUUUGGACUAGUACUCUAAAAAUGUUCUAAUGGUAAAGUUUUGAGUCAUAAUAGAAAAGAAAAAAAAAACCUGCAUUCCAGACUGAAUUUUGUAUAUUUUUAUUGCAUUUAAAAUUGCUAUUCUGUGAUAUUGGGAAAUCAAGUGGCUUAUCAUGUAUAUCAUGUACUUAAAAAUGUAUUCACAAACUACUGUUGUAUUUGUAUAAAAUAUAGAUAAAGAUCAUA